CAAGAUGGAUGCCCACAUGUGCUGAGCGGCAGUCAAGCGAUUCGGCACAACAACGUCAAGAAAUCGAGGAAUUCCGUCACAAGUACGAUGGUCCUGCGAAUACUUUUGCGGUAUCUUUUGCACAACGAACAGCUUGUUCAAAGGCUGGCGGAUUCGUACCCGUUCAGGCGAGCGGCUCAGCUUACGGCCAGCCUUAUCCUGCGCGGCAAAUCGCUUGGGCAGGAGAGCCUUGAACUCAUGUCCACAUCGAGUCUACUGAGGAAACUGGUGGAGAGACUAAGCCAGACCGGUGAACAGGCCAAACAGUUCUCAACGGAGAAGGCGAAAAGAUUAGAGGAAGCCAUAAAAGACAUGAAGCGGAAACAAGGCCUGUAGGAAAUGAGCAACUGAUUUUAAAAUUAAAAUUUUGUACAUACACGUAGUGCAUGAAAAUAAAGAUAUUAUAAUAAAUUUA